UCUACUAGCGCCACCUUGAGUGAAAUGAGCAACGUCAGGUGUCAAAAAAGAUGUCAAAUUAAAUUCCAACCUCUUUUUGUUAAAUGUUUUAAUAUUUAUCAAAAAUAAACAUCAGAAAUAUGGCAAAUGAUAGGGAGAUUCUUCGCGAAAUUUGGGAAGGGAAAUUGCCAAUUUGUUUUCGUUUGGACAGUGAAGAAGUGGCUGAUGUUCGAGAACCAGAUCCUUUUUAUUUGAUGAUUCCUCGACUCAGCUAUUUUCCUUUAGUUACAGAUAAAAUAAAAAGACAUUUUUUAAAGUAUGUGGAUAGCGAAAAAUCAGAACAAGAGAUGUGGCUAGAAUACAAUGGACAACCCUUGAAGUGGCACUAUCCAAUUGGGGUUCUUUUUGAUCUGUUAUUUGAUAAAGAUGAGCUAUUGCCUUGGAAUAUUAUCGUUCACUUUGAUAAGUUCCCUGAGACUGAAGUCUUUAGAUUUAGUAAUAAGGAUAUGGUAGAAUCAUAUUUUAUGUCGUGUUUAAAAGAAGCAGACGUAAUGAAACACAGGGGACAAAUUGCUGGAAGUAUGCAGAAAAAAGACCACAACCAGUUAUGGUUAGGACUCCAGAAUGACAAAUUUGAUCAAUUUUGGGCUGUCAAUAGAAAGCUCAUGGAAGCUACAAGUGAUCAUGAAUAUUUUAAAUACAUUCCAUUUAGAUGUUAUUUUGACAAUGGAUAUAGACAAAAAUUAGUUAAACCAAUAGCAGAAAAUGGUGCCAAAAAAACUUUACAAGAUCUCAUAAAAGAAAUGUUUUCAGAUCGACCAGAAGUGCAAGUAAAAACUCAUGGACUUAUUCUACCUCUAGAUACACCAUUACAAUGGCUCUCGGAACAUAUGAGUUAUCCUGAUAAUUUUCUACAUUUGUGUAUAAUAUAAUUUACCGUAACUAAUUGUAUUCUAUAUAUUUAUACUGUGUAUAAUAAUAGCUGUAUGUGAUUUUGUUCAUAUUCCUACUCACUGUAAGGUAACUUUAAACUCCAAAAUAUUUUUCCCGCAAUAUUAUUAGAAUUUAUUUUUAGGUUUUAAUUUAUACAUACAUAAGACUGCAUUUAGGUUCUUGUAAGAUUUUUUUUUUUAGUUGUAUUGAAACUGAAUUUUUAUACUUAUUUAGAACCUUGACUUAAAACACAUAUAGAACACAAGAACACAAAGGGCAUUUGGAACAUUGGGACGUUGAAAUA